CAAUGGCGCAGGCUACAAGUUGUGACUCUUCGGUUUCGGCCAUUGCAUUUGGAAUUAUAUAACCUUACCAAACAAAUAUUUUAUUUCGUAUCCGAUGAAUUUAAACUGAUUCAAAUGCCUUUCUGUUGGAGUCAGUUAAUUUUCACCUGAUGUCUCAAGUUACAAAUACUACCACUGGUAUCAGUAAUAAUAAUAAUAAUACACCAUGGAAUAGAACGCCUGGCAAACCAGGUAUUGGAACCGGUAGUGUUGUUGUUGGGGGUGGUACUGUCGUCAGUUCUUCUUAUCCAACUCUUUCCACAACAUCUUCAAUCAUUCCAUCAUGGUCGUCUACUAGUAGAAAUGAUCCUGGUGAUUUAAUGCUACAAGACGGUGGACUUAUUUCAAUGGAAGGAGGUGGUGCUGUUGGUAGUAGUAGUGUUGGUCAAAUGUGGCCUAUUCCUGGCAUUUUCGAUGCAAAUCAACCAUCUGAUCGUAAUAUGAUUGUUGGCAGUGGUGGAGUAGGUGGAGGAGGAGAGUUUUUACCUCAGGAAUCAUCUCUUACUGAUAACCAGUGGGUAACCACCACACCUUUUUCAGGUCAAACAACUUCAAAUAUCAAUUCUCUAUUAGGUUCAUCGAAUACAUUUCCUAUCAAUAAUAAUAUUAAUAAUGUUACUACUCACCAUAAUCAUAACAGUAAUCAAACACUAAAUCCAUGGUCUUUCGAUAAUCCUACUCCUACUCAUAAUAAUAAUUCUAUCCAUGUACCACGAGCUAUUACUGGUCAACAAUUGAAUAACCUCGUCUCAUUAACCAAUCAUUCAUUGGACACAUUGAAUUUGAAUCGUUCACGUCAUUAUGCACAACAUUGGACAACUGGAACAACGUUAACAACAACGACGACAGCAGUAGCAAUAACAACGACAACGAUGCCAUUAGCAGCUGCACGGACAGCAAUAUUAGACAAUGAACAAGAUUUAUUAAAUGGUGAUCCAUCUAUUCCUGGAAUUAAUUUCGGUAAUAAAUCUCGGUGGCCUGGACAAAAUAUGAAUCGUUUACCUGGAAAACAACAGCAGCAACUGCAACAACAACAACACCCUCCAACACCUCAUAUUUUGCCGAAUAUCACUUCCACUGGUAUGCGAUGGCCACCUGGUGGUAGUGGUGGUGGGGCAACAACAAGUACCCAUGUACAAGGUAUGUGGCCAAUGACAGAUCAACGACGUUUGGGCACCACUGUUCCAGGUCCAUGGUCAACUAAUCCUACUGGAAUGAUGGAUAGUAUGAAUAAUACUGGGGGAUUUUUUAAUCAAUCCAAUCAAAGUAUAACUCCUCGUGGCGGUGGUGUUACCUCAGAGUUUCCUGCAUCAUUAAAUCCUUCUAUUCGAGGCGUAAAUCAAGCGUUUCGUACACCUCCGAGUGCCUUCUAUCCUCCACCGAUUACUCCCGGUUUUCCAGCAUCCACAACAACUAUAUCAUCACAACGUAUGUUUAUGAAUUCACAACCUCAUACACAUCAAUUACAACAACAACAGAGUAUGAUACGUGCUCAUGUCAUACGUCAACUGUUCAAUUUAGGCUUUACUGAAGAUGAAAUACAACCGAUAUUUGCUGAUACCACGAAUACCAGUAUGGAAAGAGCAUUGAUUGACUUACGUGAUCGAUCUGGUCAUCCAGGUAUUGAUGAAUUAAUCAAUAAUUUAAGAUCAUUAACUUCCAAUUUAUUGCCUACAUUGAAUUCAAAUGAUGUUAGACAACAACAGCAACAGGCAGAUCUUCCUGGACAAACUAUGCCUUCCAGUCGUUCGGUGAAUACAAUACGAGGAAUGGAGAUGAUCAAAUCCAAUCUUAUACCAAUGAUGAAUAAUCAUCCUAGUCAACCAACAGAAAAUUUAGAAUUAUCAUUACAAUUAUUACAACAACGUGAAACACAAAUAUUACAAACUAUUGUACAAUUACAUUCAAAGCAUCAAGAUUUAAAUCAAAAACUUUCACAUAUCCGUUCAGCGACGAAUGUUCCAUUCGCCACAAAUCCUGUUAUACAUGAAUUACAAUUGCAAGCAUUUCAAGUGAGUCAACAGAUCGAUGCGCAACAAGCACAAUUAAAACAUGUACGUAGUCAAGCUGGUAUGUUACGUCAAAUUACAACCAUGUCCGCUUCAUCGUCUGCAUCCAUUUGUCAAGCAUUAAAUACUACUCAUAAUACGAAUACUACUACUAUUACGCCAUCCUCAUCAACUUUAUUAUUAGGUAGUAAUAAUAAUAAUAAUCAUACUAGUAGUAAUAGUGGUGUUGGCGUAGGUCAACAAACUAUGAUGUCCACUGUACAACAACAACAACAAAUAAUUCCUAAUUGUAUCACAGGAAUCACUAAUCCUAUUGGCAAUGGUAAAGGAUUCAAUUCAAUCGUCUCAUCAGCAUCAACGUCAUCGUCCACUUCUUCUGUGUUACCAUCAUCAUCAUCAUCAACUACGUCAACAGCAUCAUGGUGUGGUGUUACAACACAGAUUAGUAAAUCGAAUCAGCUGUUCAAUAUUUCUGCAGUCGGUAACAAUAUUAAUAAUAGUAAUAAUGGUUCGGAAAGUAUUGAUUUUCUACCGGAUCAAACAAAUUUCAAUAUGAUUGACUAUCAAAGUUUAUCCUUAAAUUAUCAAUUUCUGACUACAACUGAGACAAACAAAUCAGUAUAA